AUGUACAAACUGAAUGUCAUAUCCAGAGCUUUAUAUGGUGGCAGAUUGUAUUCAGAAUCUGCGACACAAAGAAAGUUGCCGACCAAAAGAUUGCGCGAGAAGAUUUCAGUCUAUCUGAAAGUUUUGGGUUCUCCAACGAUAGAAAGUGUAAGUUAUGAUGUUAUAGUGGUAUGUAUUUGUAGAAGUUAAUUCCAUACAAAGAAAAUGUACGAAGGGCUACAGAACAAGUGGAAGAAGCUAAAAGAAAUAAUGAUUCUGAAGCUGUUAAACAAACGGUCGAUUUGCUUAAAAACGCAAAGGAACAACUUCAGAUAAAGGUACGGUAUUUUUUCAUUUUGUAAUUUCACUAUUAUAGUAUAUUUGAGUUGAAGUCUAACACCACAUACAGUAAAGCUUUUGGUGAAGUUGUAACUGUUUGUUGCAGGAAUACGAGUUGAUGCCAGAAAAUGGGUUCGUCGACCAAUUGUCGUUAUACGAUCUCUUAACUAAUAGAUUCUUCUUCGACCGGUCGUUUACUUCACAACCUGGACUAAUAGAUCUGGGCCCAGCUGCAGUUGCAAUUAAGAAUAACAUAGUAAACGAAUGGAGACGACAUUUCAUUAAGAGCGACAGAAUGCUUGAAGUCGAAUGCCCUUCUCUAACUCCGGCUGAGGUUCUAAAGUAAUAUUUUUAGAUGAUUCCAUUUUUUAUCGUUAAGAUUAUGUUUAUUUAUAAUAUUGCGUGUUUAAUGUUUGGAGAAGUAUUCAGAUUUGGAGUUUCAGAGCUUCUGGCCACGUUGACCGUUUUACUGAUUUUAUUGUCAAAGAUGUCAAGACCAACGACACUUACAGAGCUGACCAUUUGAUCAAAGAACACUUGGAGGCUUUGCUAAAGGUAUUUUUAAAUGUAGAACUUUAAAAAGUUAUAUAUAAAUAUAUAAUACCUUCAUCUUUUAUGUACUACUUGUGCUUUUAAUGAAAAUUAUGAUGUAACAUAUAAUAUAUUGUACAUUCUAAUGCAUUUACAGGACAAAAAGUUGUCUCGUGAAGGAAAAGAGAAGCUGGAAAAAAACUUGUCGCAGGUCGAAACUCUGAAUGCAGAUGAACUACAUAGUGUAAUUGAAGAGUUUGGACUAAAAUCAAAGAAUGGGAACGAACUGUCACGCCCAACUCCUCUGAAUUUGAUGUUCGCGGCACAACUAGGAGGUCAAGGUGAGAACACUGCUUAUCUGCGGCCAGAGACUUCACAGGGAAUCUUCUUGAACUUCAGAAAGCUUCUAGCUUACAAUGGGGUAAGUACUCAGUAAAACUUUAAAAUGGGUCAUACUAAUUUGGAGUACGGAAAGUAAUGUAGGCUUUAAGUGUGUGAUACUAAAGCUAUACUUACUAUUAUUGUUUCAGCAAAGACUUCCGCUUACUGUAGCCCAAGUAGGUACUGUAUUCAGAAACGAGGUCUCGCCCAAACACAACUUGUUCCGCCUUCGAGAGUUUACUUUGUGCGAGAUCGAACACUUCUACACGACUUCUGAUGACAUAAGAUUGAAGCUGGACAAGCUACUGGAUAUGGAGUUUACUUUAUGGUCAGCCGAAGAUCAAGAAGCUGAGAAGUCUUCUAGGAAUUACACGGUCAAAGGAGCUCUGGAGAACAACGUCAUUUCUAAUGUCAUAAUUGCCUAUUACAUGAUCAGAAGCGCCAUCUUCUUAACUAAAAUAGGAAUCGAUCCUCAGAGAUUAAGGUUCCGACAACACAGACGACAAGAAAUGGCACAUUAUGCUAAUGUAAGUUAAUUAUGACAUAUUUUAGUUGGCUGAAAACUGACGUAGAAGUUAGUGACUGUUGUAUUGUUAUACUUAUAUAGUAAACCUAUAGUAUAAAUACUGUUAUGUAUACAGUAACCAUACGAUAUCUUACAGGACUGUUGGGAUGCGGAAGCUUUGACUACAGUAGGAUGGGUGGAGCUAGCCGGCUUUUCUGAUCGUUCCAGUUAUGACUUGAAGUCGUUGUCGCAAGGAUUGAACAUUUACCUCAGUAUCAGCUCGGAAGAUCUAGAGUAUCCGAAGGUGGUAGAACCGUCGUUUGGAAUUGGCAGAAUCCUCCAAACAGUACUAGAACACUCCUUCAGACAGCGUAACCCGGAUUCAGAACCGAAGAACCCGUACUUUGCAUUCCCACUUACCGUAGCCCCGAUUCUGGCUUCUAUUUAUCCGAUUGUUCGCGACGACAAGUUCAACACGUACAUAACAGACAUAGAAGACCAGCUGAAGGAUGCAGAUAUCUCAUUUAAUGUCGUCGACACCAGGUAUUCAAUUGGUAAACGGUACAUUAAGGCUGACGAACUAGGAAUACCAUUCGGGAUUACUGUAGAUGACAAUACAGUAAACAAUGGCACCGUGACCAUAAGAGAAAUCACCACAAUGCAACAAAUUACAGUUCCGGUAAGAUUUUAGUUUUAUAUUUUGUUUGUAAAGUAUGCAUUAUAUUACUUUGGGCGCAACUUUUGCCUCAACAAAACUUGAAUCAACAUGCUUUAGGUAACAAAAGUUGGCCAAACUCUCUCAGAUCUCAUAAAAGGAAGAACGUCGUGGGACAGGCUUAAAUAA